UCUUAAACAUUUAAUUCAGCGCAAAUCUUAAAUAAUUCUCCUAUAUACCACGCAUAGCGCUCUCUUUUUCUCUCUCUUUUCGGUGCUUAAUGAGCGACCUUCGAUAAUCGUCCUUACGCUAAAUCUCGUAUCUGCAGUCACUCUGGCAAGUUUCACCUUUUCUCCAUAGUACUUGUAAAACAAAUACGCAUCGCCUCGCGUGCGGUACGCGCCCGCACAACGAGCAAUACGAGCACCUUUCAUCUUUCUCUUGUUUUUCUCUCUAUCCACCUCCGUUUCCUUCUCCCUCCGCGGCCCCCCUACCUCUUCCUUCCUCAAGUGCACUCCCUCGCGAACGUAGGCACUCCGUUAGUCCGUUCCUCUUCUCUCCACGGUGCGGAGCAUCGUAUAGCGAGCGCCCUCUCGCUCCCUCCAGCAGCAGCGGCACGUCGUUUCCCGUCGACUCCGUCGUCUCGGAGGACAGAAUAUGGAGGCGAUAGCGAAGCACGACUUCACGGCGACCGCCGAGGACGAGCUUAGCUUCCGCAGGAGCCAGGUUCUGAAGAUUCUAAAUAUGGAGGACGAUAUGAAUUGGUAUAGAGCUGAAUUAGAUUCUAGAGAAGGACUUAUACCGAGUAAUUACAUUGAAAUGAAGAGCCAUGACUGGUACUAUGGCAGGAUAACCAGAGCAGACGCUGAAAGAUUAUUGAUGAACAAACAUGAAGGUGCCUUUCUGAUCAGAAUCAGUGAAAGCUCUCCUGGUGAUUUUUCCUUAUCCGUAAAAUGCUCCGACGGUGUGCAGCAUUUCAAAGUAUUAAGAGACGCACAAGGCAAGUUCUUUUUAUGGGUUGUGAAAUUUAACAGCCUCAAUGAACUGGUGGAAUACCACCGUACAGCCUCUGUUUCUCGCUCGCAGGAUGUUAAGCUGCGUGACAUGGUCCCCGAGGAGUGUUUGGUGCAAGCACUCUACGAUUUUGCACCGCAAGAGCCCGGCGAGUUGGAGUUCCGACGAGGAGAUGUAAUUACUGUCACAGAUCGCACAGAUCAGCAUUGGUGGCACGGAGAAAUCGGAAAUAGACGGGGACUGUUUCCGUCCACCUAUGUUACGCCAUACCACUCCUAGGCCUCAUAUAGCCGAACGCACAGAGGCCGUUAUUGGGAACAGUGGCCGCCUUAUCCCACCUCUAUCACUUACAGGAUCCGAGUUGCCGCGGAUUUGAUAAAUAAUAUUUUACAAACCUCACCUAUCGAAUGGGCCACUAAGGUAUACUGGUGGUCACGCCGAAAAGUCUUCUAAAUACGACUAAAAAUGAAUCGAAUAUAUCCCAACACCAAAAUCCUUGAAUACCGAAAAAUAAACGUCGCGUUUAUUUAAUCGAUGAAAAAGAAAGAGAAAGAGAAAAUCACCAUCGAUAUCACAUCGAAACAUCCAAGCGCAAGGAUAUAACAACAUCUAGAAAUUAAGGACGACUUGAGUAUUUAAAGAUGUUCGACGAUAUCCGAGGAUCCGAAGAUCUCUGAUGUUAUCCGGGGAUUCAAGAAUUCAUGCUUUUUCCGCGAAUGUUUAGGGAUAUAAAGAUGCCUAAAAGAUGCCUAAGGAUCUAAGGAUUCAAGCAUUUAUAGAAUUCUAACAAUUUACAAUGAUCCUUUGUCUAAGAGUUAUCUAAGUAUCAAUGGAUAUCGCCAAGGAUCUAAGGAUCUCUCGCGCGGUUUCCGUCUGCAAUGGGAAUCGUGUUCGAGGAUAACCGAAUAUGUAUAUUUUUGUUUUCCUUUUUUGUAAACCUUUUUGAGGAUUCUAUACUUCUUCUUUACUUAUUGCGUAAAGCACAGAA